GGCAAACAAUUUUCAGACAGUAAAUAAUCAAGAAAUCAUGUUGCUGCCAAAAGUUAUAAAUUUGAUUUGCGUUAAAAAUGUAGCACGACGACUUCUAAUUUCAACUAGAAAUUAUCCAGGCAUGAAACAUGAAGUAUAUGAUUAUAUUCAAUGGGUAAGACCUGCAAAAAUUCCGGCUACAGAUCCUUUAAAGAGUGGAGACCUGGAAAAGAUGAAGAAAAUUGACGGAAAAACACUGCUGCUUAAUUUUGAAAGAUCUAAAUUGCUUGAAAAUGCUAAUGAAUUAGUAAAAAGAAAGUUCAGUGUAGAGUUGAAUCCACGAAAAGAAGCUGUUCGAUUGUAUGUUGAUGAGAUGAUUAAGAAAGUCCAGAGACAUGAUUCCGAUUAUGGAUCUAUGGAAGCUAAAUUGGCAAAAAUGACAGCAGUUAUCAGAGCAGGUCAAGUUGCAUUAGAAGAGAAUCCGAAAAAUAAGAAGAUGAAACAACAAAUAAAAGAGUUGAUUGAAAAAAGAAAGAAGUUUUUGAAAUUUCUUCGACGAUAUGACUACAAGCGAUUUGAGUAUAUGCUUGAGCAGUUAGAUAUUAAAUACAUGCCUGCACCUGAUCAUUUUCAUUGGAUUGCCCGAAAGGAAGCAAUGAGAUCACUCACAAAAAGAUUCUGUAGAAAUAUCAAAGAAAAUCGACUUGACACAUACAAGCACAUUCUUCAGGCACAACAAUUAGAGUUUCUUGAAAAUAAAAUCAAAAAUCUUGAGUUCAUCAGAAAUGAACAGGUCGAAUGUAAAGUUCCAGUGACUAUUACAAAUGAGCAAAUUAAUAAAGUAAAGAAGCAAUAUGAAGAACUUAAGCAUCAGCGAGAAGAAGAGGACGAAGUACGCAGAAAGAAUGAAGUCAGAGAUGAUUAUGAAAUCAAAUUGUAAAGGAACUAAUCAUAGAAAUAAACUUAAUAGCACUUUGUU